AUGAUGGUUGAAACAAGAACUGGUAAUGAGGAAUAUUUUGUUGAUAAUGACACCGAAGCGGACUACUACGAACGACGUGAGAACUGUGACGAGAGUAGAGUUUGUGUUGAUGAGGCAUCGUUGGUAUUCGUGCUUGAUGGAAGUGCUUCAACAGGAAACGCAACAUUCGUGAAUGCAAAAUCGAUUGUUUACGAAACCGCAGUUGCUAUUCAUAAAUUGAUCGAUGUCUUGACAAUAUCAUUUGUGCAAAUUAGUACCAAUUCAAUUAUUCACAUCGAUACUAUGAUAUUUGAUGAUGAAAAAUUCCUUGCAGAUCAGUUGGAUGAAAUUGAAUGGGGCGGAGAUGCUUCAACGAUUGGCAGUGCCCUCGAAGAGGUGAUCCGCUCAAUUGAUACCACUGCACCAAAUACUUGGAUGAUUGUAUUGAGUGAUGGCAUCACCGCAGACUCGUUGCAAAGAUUUGCACAAAAACGCCAUCAAAUGAUGAAAGCACGGCAGCAGGUAUUGGAAAUUUGGUUGGGUAAACAAGAAGAUGGUACGACCGUCGAUUGGGAUAUUCCGGAGAUGUUGAUGCGCCAUAAGCACUUGAACGAAGACAAAGCUCCACAAUGCCCAUCUUUAAUGAACUCGGUGUGA